AUGAGCCACAGCUCGAAGGUAGCGAUCAUCGGCGCUGGCUUCGCUGGUCUGCGGUGUGCAGACAUUCUUGUCCAGAAUGGCGUGCAAGUGACUAUUUUCGAGGCGAGAGAUCGGGUUGGAGGAAGGGUGUGUUUGCAACCAUCAGACGGCCCUCCUAGAUCAGAUACUGAUGUCAAACAGGUCCAUCAGACAAAUAUCGGUGGUCAUCUUGUAGACUUGGGCCCGAACUGGAUUCAUGGAACCGACAAGAACCCCAUUGCCGGGGUUGCAGAAUUGACUGAGACGACGAUUGAGGACAUUGAAGGCCAGCAAAUUAUCUUUUCCCGAAAGGGCGAGCUGAUUGAUGAGGCUGUGUCUACCAAGAUCUCCGAAUUCUUGUGGACUACCAUAGAUGAAGCCUUCCAAUACAGCAACAAGAACAAGGAUGUCAUUCCGCCUGAUGAGAGCUUACUCGACUUCUUCAAAAAGAAAAUCGAGCAGACGGACUUCACCGCACAGGAAAAGGAGCUUUGUAUAGAGUCCUGCAGGUUGUGGGGUGCGUAUGUAGGGGAUUCAAUCGAGAGGCAGAGUCUCAAGUUCUUCUGCCUCGAGGAAUGCAUAGACGGGAAUAACUUCUUCGUAGCGUCGACCUACAACAAGAUCCUUGCGCACGUCUCUAAAGCUGCCAUCCAGCACGCAGACAUUCGUUUCAAGCAGCCGAUCGUCAGGAUUGAGACGCAAAAUCCAAAGGACUCCAGUGCUUCUCGCACAGUGGCACUGACCACAGCCGCCGGAGAAACCCACCACUUCGACGACGUCGUAGUGACCUGUCCCCUCGGCUGGUUGAAACGCAACAAGUCCGCGUUCCACCCCCAGCUUCCCCUCCGGCUGGCCCAAGCCAUCAAUAGUAUCUCGUACGGCAGGCUCGAGAAAGUAUACGUCACAUUCCCCCGAGCCUUCUGGCACAUAGACGCUAAAGACGGGCUCACCGGACCCAGCACAGCCUCGAAUCCCCCGGGCGCGAAAAACCCCGUCUUCGCCCAAUUCCUCAACCCAACCUACGCCGAGCACCCCACAGACAUCCCUUGGAACCAGGAAUGCCUCUCCUUCGCCGGGCUACCAGGCCCUUGCGCCCAGCCCACGCUGCUCUUCUACACCUACGGCCCCUGCGCAACACACAUCGUCUCACACAUCGCCAAUCUCCACCCUUCCUCCGAGGACUACUACGCCUUCCUCGACGACUUCCUGCGGCCCUUCUACUCCCGGCUGCGCGGGUACUCAUCCUCCUCGGCCGACUGCAAGCCGCUCGCGUUCGUCGCGACGCAGUGGCAGAAUGACGCCUACGCGGGGAACGGGUCCUAUAGCAAUUUCCAGAUCGGGCUUGCGCACGGCGACAGGGACGUCGAGGCGCUGCGGGGCGAGAUCGGCCCUGAGCGCGGGGUGUGGUUUGCUGGGGAGCACACGGCGCCGUUUGUGGCGCUGGGCACGACGACGGGGGCGUACUGGAGUGGUGAGCGGGCGGCAGGCCAGAUCUGUCGGUUCCGGGGGCUGGAGAGCGUGGGUGUUACUGCUGGACGGGAUGAUUCGUUGCCUUCGGCGGGUGAGAGGACGUCCGGUCUGGCUUGA